GCGGGAAGUCUGUUUGCCUAGCCAGGGUUGACCUAGCCAAGGUUGAGGCAGCUUGCAGCUGCAGUAGGCCCACCACUGAUGCAGUCGGCGGCAAGACACAGACCCCCGCCCCAGUACACCUACCUGGGAAAGCGGAAAAGCCCUUGUGUGACACCACCACUGCCAUGUAUUGUCGUUGUCUGUGCCUGGACUAGCAAAACCCGUCGUAUCCCAUCCAGCAGCCCCCAAACAGAAAUAGCUCUACUCGAGGGGAACACACUCGUCCUAAUCUCAGGCUCUUGGAUAGACUCGCCCACCUCCUUCCUUCGCCCCCGCAUCCCGUCAUCUCCUGUAUAACAUCACGAAGCGGUGCUCGGCGAGAAUGGCUGCGUACUUGAUACUCAAUAGUGACCUGGAGGACGAGACUAUCGCGCUUCUCCUCCAGCAGGAGCUUGAUGAUAUCCAGCAGCUAGGGUCACUGACCAAGGGCAAGGAACCCGAGGGUUCGCCUUCGGACCUCCAGGCCGCCCUCGACGAUUACAGGCGCGAGAUCGCCACGCACCUGGAGCGGCGGUCCGACCGCGCCAUGGCGCUGAGCAUCUCGCAGGCGAUCCGCCUCGACACCAACGUCAUCGUCCAACACCUCGCCGAGGAGGAGCAGGUCACGCAGGAUCGCGCAUACGCCCUGUCCCUGCGCGAUCCCAGCGCCGAGCCGCAGCCGCCACCGCCGCCGCCGCCGCCGCCGCCGCCGGCCGCGGGCGCCUCCACCUCCACCUCCACCGCGCUGGUGGUGAGGAAAGAAGCCCCGAGCAUCAACUGCGUGGUGUGCCACACCACCUCGGCGCCCGACGGCGGCCUGCGGUCGCCGUGCUCGCACGACUACUGCCGGGACUGCCUGGUGCGGCUCUUCGAGGCCUCGCUGCGGGACGACGACCUGUUCCCGCCGGGCUGCUGCGGCUCCGACAUCCCCCUCGAAGCCAGCCGCAAGUACAUCGGCCCCGAGCUCGCCGGCCGGUUCACGGCCAAGGCGCUCGAGAUGGGGACGCCGAACCGGACCUACUGCCACGACCCGCAGUGCUCCAGGUUCAUACCGCCGCUGUUUGUGGAGAUGGAGGUGGGCACGUGCGUGUCGUGCUAUAAGAGGACGUGCGGGGUCUGCAAGGCCGCCGCACACGAGGGCAGGGAGUGCCCCAAAGACCCCCGGACGAAGCAGCUCCUCGACCUCGCUCGCAAGAAGGGCUGGAGGCGGUGCCGCACCUGCGGGGCCAUGGUCGAGAAGGUCUGGGGCUGCUAUCACAUGACUUGUACCUGCAAGGCCCAGUUCUGCUAUCAGUGUGGUGCCAAAUGGGGAACGUGCGAAUGCGCUUAGUGGGGGGGAUGAGAGGCCGUCGCCGACAGAGCGCCUCAAGCUCGCCGCAGGGCGUCUGCGCAGCGAGCAAGGGCUGUCGCGGCACAAGACGCGGAACCAGCCCCAGAACCAUAACUGCCGCAACCACAGAUGGUGCGAGGAGACCGGCGCCUGCACGUGUGACGAGUACGGUUAAUAUCUCCGCGUGCCGAUGGGAGCUUUGUGUACUCCUGUUUGUAGGCUCGGGGGGUUUUUUUUUUUUUGGUUAGCGGUGAGCGACGGUCGUCUCUUGCUGGGAGGAACGGCCAUUGCUGAUUGUGCGCGAGAUGACGGGAUCUAUGUAAGGGUGGUGGAGCAGGCCAUGUCUGGAUAUACAUAUAGGUGGUACCGAUCACCAAGGGCUGAUCCCAUGCACGAGGGAUCAGUGGGGUCGUGUCACAUCUGCCGUCACAUAAUUUUGCGAGGCCUAAAUACUCAGAGACAGGUAUUCUGCAUAAUCUGUAACUACAUCAUUUUUCAGCCAUGUGUUGUAUGCUGUUUGAUAUAAAUCUAGCAUCAUGGGAGCGUACAGGUAACGCACAACAACUCAGCAUCAUUGAAACAGG